AUGACAACGCCAUUUCAACCUGUUACUGUGAUCGAGCCCUGGAAAUUCGAAGCCAUAACCCAAUCGCAGUUCAUCACAUUCACAAUGAUAAACCCCCUUAACCACCGCCAGUUGCUCCCUGCUCUAGUGCUCCGCCUCGCCGUACUCGACUCUCCAACAGCCAAAGCCGACGACGACUCCCCGAUAAUCGUAGCCAUGAUUGUACCCAAAAACCGGGAAACAGACUGGAACUUCUGUACAAAAUCUGGCCAUAUUCAGCUCCUACUCCGAUCCCAUAACAUCUCCCGCCUCAUCCUAAUCGGUAACAAUCCCCCGCGUAAUCCAGGACUCGCCAUUUAUAAACGACCUCCGACUACUGAUACAUUGGAGGAACAGCGACUAGUAAACGAAUUGAAACCACUACUAAUGUCUUUGCAUCCCAAAAUGAGUUUUAACCGAGGUUUGCCAGAAACCCUAUUCUUUACGUAUAAAGACGAUUUGGCGUAUCGUGUGACUGUUGCUAAAGUUAAAGGCCACAUUGUUGGUGAAUUUCUUGUUGAAGAUGUUGAAUUGGUCGGUGGUAGUGAUCGCAAUAAAGAACUCCGGAGGAGAUUGAGGUUUAAAAGAAUGCCUACUUUGAUCCAAUCUCAGGCCCUUCUUGUUCCUCUUAUUGACUAUAACGAAGCUACUACACAGACAGAUUUGGAAAGUUUGAUGAAAAUGGAAGGCGCGAAGUUUGAAGUUGAUACAAGGGUUUUGGUUCAGCAAUACGUGAUUCACAUGGUUGCAGGUCUUUUCUUGAUUGUUUCACAUCUUAAAGAGCGAUAUGAACAAGGAUUCUUUCCAAGGGCUUUGUGUUUAGGGAUUGGUGGUGGAGUCUUGUUAAGUUUCUUGAAUACUCAAAUGGGGCUUCAUGUUACAGGAGUGGAGUCCGAUGUGUCUGUUUUGAUAGCUGCAACAGAGCAUUUCGGGUUUAACAAAUCACUUGCAAUUCGAGUAAUUGUUGCAGAUGCCAUGGAAGUGAUUCAAAACUUCCUGCCCCUAAACCCAGGAGGGAAAAUGGAUGAUAAAUUUGAUGUGAUUAUGGUUGAUUUGGAUUCAAGUGAUGCUAAAAAUGGGUUUUGUGCUCCACCACCGGAAUUUGUUAAGAAAUCUGUUUUUGAAGACUUGAGAUCACUUCUUGAUGAUCAUGGUGCUCUCAUUAUCAAUGUGGUUCCUUUGAAUGAACUGUUCUUUACGACAUUGGUUAAAGAGCUUGGGGAAAUUUUUCACAACGUUUAUAUAAUAGAUACUGGGAAUCAAGAGAAUUUUGUUGUUAUUGCUAUCUUGUCACCAUCUUCCUCAGGUGAUGAUGAUGAUAAUAUAUUCUUAGAGAGGUUGAAAUCUACGAUUCCAGGGACUUAUCCAUUUGUUACUUUUCAUCCCUUAAAAGGUGAUGUACAUGACAUUAACAUCCCAAAUAUCAUAUUCCUAUAG